AUGGCCGUCACUAGAAGCAUUACCACAAAGGAUAGCUCUGCAGCUGUGACAGCCACCAGAGACACCGAGCCUGUGCAGACCAUCACCGUCCAGCGCACCAAGAAGCGUACUAGGGCUGGAGCUGACGGCGAGAUGAGCACGCAAGUAAUCCGCGACGAAACCAGCAAGUUCGCGACAUUCGGCACGCCUGGGAAGAAACAGAAGAUAACCCAGUUCAACGACAAGAUCGUAGGAGACAAGCGGCCCAGAGCACCUGGCGCGAAGAAUCGCACCGUUCGGCCGGCCAGGGUGACUAGAGCCACGAGAGAUGCAGAUUUUGUCGGACCCAGCUUGCAGCUCAUUGGAGAUAUUGUAAGCGCAGAAAAACGGGCGGCCAACAUCGCUACGAAGCCUACGCCUCAGCAGUCCAGAUCCAAAGCUGCUCCGACGCGCACCACCACACGAGGACCCCAGCAACAGCAACCAGAUCCGAUCCGGCUUGCGUGUCAGUCAGCUGAGGCGGAGAAAGCAUACAAGCCGCCCGGUAUGUCAUCGGCGGAGAUAAGCCGCAGGUGGAAACGGAGGGCGCCGCUUGUCGAAAAGCAUUGGAAGAUGGUAAACGGGUUCUCCGCCGAUAGAAGCUCGGCCGGCCCAAAGCCAUUUGUUGCUCCCAAACCUCCUACAGCCCGGGAGCCUUCCUUGGUCACAGAUGCCCUGGGCUCUACAUCCUUCGACGAAGAGCGGGGUGCCAUUAUCGCCGCUGAUGAUAUCAUAACAAAGCAAUUGACAGAUGUACGCUCGCGCACGCAGGACUUUGCCAAGACCUUCUUCAUGUUCGACCUUCCGACGCAAACGAUAGAGAAGCUUAUUUCCACACUAAAGGAUGUCAUGACGCCAGAGCUCCAGAAGAUCGUUGGCUGCAUUGCUGUUGGCAGACCGGGAGGUUCCGCUGACUGGGCCGAGCUCUUCUCUGAGGCCGAAUUGAGGAUGGCUCUUGUUAUGGGUGUCAUUGGCACGGUGCUCAAAGAAUACGUCUUUGCUGGCCCGCUGUUCGGCGCUCCUGAAAGGCAAAUUGCGACAUUGAAGAGAUAUGAGGUCGCAGCGAAAAAUGGCAAUGGUUUUGAUCGUGCUGAGGAACGAGCUGAUGUCAUAGACCACUCGCUGCCUGGUACUAAGCUUACAGAGUACUUCGUCUCUGAUUCGAGCGACUUGGUCUUGCAGCUCGAGCAACUCCUCCUGCCCAUUCUGAUGCUGGACCAGAAGCUAGUCGAUAAGCGCGGCUGCUGGAAGGAUACCGGUGCCGCCACUAAUUUCAGGACACACCUCUACCGGAUCGUCACUACCGCCGCCUUCGUCAGCAUCAAGAUUCAGCGUGACCUGCACAAAAUCUACCACUUCUCGUCCUCAUUCAAGGACGACUCCUUCAACAGGGAGACUAUGGAUUGCUACAACCGCCAGACCAUGAUGAAGAAGAACCCGCAUCAACAGGAGUACGAUCCGGCCAACGGAUUCACGGAUGAAUGGCUCAACGAGCAUUCCAAAGACAUCGUGCUUACUCGUAUCUGCUGCUUUGACGCCUGUGUCGCCUACAGGCGCGGCGCUGCCGACAGGACUAAGGAGGAUUCCAAGAGGGGCUUUACGAGCCGGAGACUGUUGCCCGCUCUUGUUGCCUGCAGAUGGGGGCAGGCCAGAUUCUCGUACAAGGGAGAAGAGGUUGGCAAGGGAUAUGUCGAGUUUGGAAAUGUGAUGGAGAAGAAGCCGGGGCUCUUGACACAAGCGCGGAAUGUUUUCGGAAUCUAG